CUCCAGACUACUCCAUUGAGUGCUGGGAAGGCGCGUUUGCGGCGGGACGGGUGCGCGGUCCAGGCUCGAGUCGCCCUUUUUGCGUGCUGUGGACGGCGAGGCUGAAAUAGGAGACGUGCGACGCAGUGUGGGACCAAAAGAACUGGCGAGAGAGACUGCUUUAACCGCGACGGCAAGCUGCAGCGCUUCACGCUGCUCGCUGAGACGCCUGUGGCGCCGUAAGCGAGGGACUAGCAGCAAGCGGCAUUUGCACCGCUGCUGCGGCCGCUGCGCACCCGCUGGCACCACAGACCUCCUCCGAGGCCUGCGCGGCCACCACUGCGGCCGCCAGCACUCCAAGCGAACUGCUGGCGCUCCGCCGCCACCGGCCGCUCUCGAGGCGCCCCCCGGGCGCCGCCGCCACGAGAGAGACGAGCGGAGAGACUGACGAGAGGCAACCGCGCCGUCACCCGCCACCGUCGCAGGUCAUAGAAAAGCUGUUCCAAAGAUGCCCAAGGAAAUCACCGACAUCCGCGACUUCCUCCAGAAGGCGCGCCGACGAGAUGCGAAGGCCGUGACCAUCAAGACGACGCGGGGCAUGACGAAGUUCAAGAUCCGCUGCAGCCGCUACCUUUAUACUUUACGGGUGCAGGACGGCGAGAAGGCCGCGAAGCUCGAGCAGUCGCUGCCGCCGGGGCUGCAGCGCAAGGACGUCAAGUAAGUGUCGUUCGUAUGUA